AUGGCCGCCCUCCGCGCGCCCACCGCGCUCACGCACUCCCUCCCGCUCUGCUCCCCGCUCGCCACGUGGCACUCCGCCGCAACAAGCGUCUCGACAAUGGCGCAGCCCGUUCGUCGCCUGCCAGUCCUGCGCGCUUCAGCUUCCCCCGACCCGUCCCCCCUGCCAGCGGAACCAGAAACGGCCCCUUCCCCAAUCCCCGUCCCCCCGCCCGGGUGGGCGGAGCAGCAGCAGCGGGAGGCGGAGGCGACGGCGGAGGAGCGCGACGGAGUGACGAUCCGGCGGAGGCCGCCGGGCGGGGCGGCGGCGCACAUGGUGGGGCCGUUCGAGUUCCGCGUGGGGGGCAAGGUGGAGGAGAACGUUCCGCGAAACAUCCUGGAGGAGAUCGUGUGGCACAAGGACGGCGAGGUGGCGGCGUUCAAGGAGCGCACGCCGCUCUCCGCGCUCGCGCGCGCGCUCGAGGGCGCGCCACCCGCGCGGGACUUCGUGGGCGCGCUGCGGGCGCGCGAGGCGGAGACGGGCGUGCCGGCGCUGAUCGCGGAGGUGAAGAAGGCGUCGCCCAGCCGCGGCGUCAUCCAACCCGACUUCGACCCUGUGCGCAUAGCGAAGGCGUACGAGCAGGGCGGGGCGGCGUGCCUGUCAGUGCUCACCGACUCCAAGUUCUUCCAGGGCAGCUUUGAGAACCUGGAGCUGAUCCGAGCGGCGGGCGUGGCGUGCCCGCUGCUGUGCAAGGAGUUCGUGGUGGACGCGUGGCAGGUGUACUGUGCGCGCACCAAGGGCGCGGACGCCGUGCUGCUCAUCGCCGCUGUGCUGCCGGACCAGGACCUGCGCUACCUCAUGAAAAUCACGCACUCGCUUGGCAUGGCCGCCCUCAUUGAGGUGCACACGGAGAGGGAGAUGGACCGCGUGUUGGCGCUGGAGGGCGUCACACUCAUCGGCAUCAACAACCGCGACCUCGGCACGUUCAAGGUGGACAUAGGCAACACGCAGCAGCUGCUGGCGGGGGAGAGGGGUGCUGCCAUCCGGGAGAGAGGAAUCAUGGUGGUGGGCGAGUCAGGCCUCUUCACUCCCGAUGAUGUUGCCUUCGUGCAAAACGCGGGCUGCAAUGCUGUGCUGGUGGGCGAGUCUCUCGUGCGCACCAGCGACCCCACGGCCGCCAUUGCUGCUCUCUUCGGCCGGCCCAUCACCACCACACCAGGCCAGCCUGACCCCGCCCAGGCACACGCGCCAGCAUGA